CCGUGUAGCUGAGAUCCAGUUAGCAGCGAGACCUGCGGACGGUUUGUGCAACUCUCCUACCGUUUAACGAAGGUACAAAUACCUUAAUAGCAAUGCCGGCUGAAACCGGAAGGCGUGCAGCAACAUCGAAAGGCUCGGCAGUGAUCCCAAACCCCAUAUCUCCGCGCGGUCGGCAAGUGCCAAGGGACCCAGCUGACCAGUCGCUCGCAUGCAUGCCCCUGGGUGAAAGGAAGGCUGCAUUUUCAUGUCGUAAACUUUGUCCCCAUCCGCAUCUUGGCUUUUGUCGACGGGCGCCCAGCCCUGUGACAGCCACAACAGUUCAGUGGGGGUUAGGACUGUCGGUAACCCGCCUGAGGCAAGCCGCUUUAACUCACAGAAACCUAAUGCUGGCUGGAAGGAAAGCCUUAACUACCGUAUUCGACUUGUUAGAAUCUCUCGUCCUUUCUUACCACGGGAUUUGGGCAUUGGCGAGAUGGGGCGGUUCCAUUUCUGCGGGUUUGAACUUUGAACCUCCACCCGAUGGCGGGGUCUCGGGCGUUUGUGGGGGCAAUGGCUGGAGACUACCCCACUGAACUGCUGACAUGGCAUGAGAGAGCAGCUCAAUGAAUUGAGUUGAGAAACUGUACAGUACGAAGCCGAGGAAGCCCAAUCUUUCCAAGGAGAAAAAGGUUGUGGACAAGAAAGCACUCUGUUUGCAGGGCUAAGUUGAGCUUGUUAACAACUAAAUGUGUUGGAAUUUCUCAGUUUGGCCUGUGAGGGAAAGCUGUGUGGAAUCGUGAAGCGCGAUAGCGAUAACGAUAGCGAUAACAUCAAGCAGCGAUAACGGAUAAAUGAAGCAAUUUAGGCCUUACACUGCU